AUGGACAUCCACCACCAACCGGGCGCAUCAAAUCUGCGAAUUGUGGUUGUGUGGACACUGGAAACGAUCCGACCGAUCAGUGCUCACAUAUUUUCCAAACGAUACCAACCAAUUCGAACAAAUUUAGGCCAUAGCGAUCGUGAUGAUGAUCACGGUGACGAUGAUGAUGCUGACGGUGAC